AUGACGACCUCUAUCACCACCUCUAUCACCACCUCUAUCACCACCUCUAUGACCACCUCGAUCACCACCUCUAUCACCACCUCUAUCACCAGCUCUAUCACCACCUCUAUCACCACCUCUAUUAUCACCACCUCUACUACCUACACUACCACCUCUAUCACCACCUCCUAUUAG